UUUUAUUUAUAUAUAAAUUGAUUAUAUUUAAUCCGAUGAUUUAAUACUUUAUUUGUAUAUGAUCAUAAGAUAAUUUACACUAUGCCGGACUGGUUAAUAUCAUCUCCUACAAAGCUGGAUUCUAUUUAUCCACCUAUGCAAUGCUUUCUUUGUGGAGAGUUUGUUUCGGCACCAACAUCCUCAAGGAUGUGCUCUACUUGCCUCACUAAAUCCGUAGAUUUGAGUGAAAACGUAUCCACUCACUGUACUAUACUUCAAUGCGUAACAUGUACAAAAUUUUAUCACGAUAGAUGGUUAAGCUGUGAAUUAGAAAGUAAAGAGUUAUUAUCAGUUUGCCUUAAAAAGAUUAAGGGCAUCGAUUUGAUGAAAAUAGUAGAUGCAAGCUUCAAAUGGACUGAACCGCAUAGUAAAAAACUGAAAAUUAACGUUACAGUUCAAAAGGAAGUUGAAAACAAUUGCGUAGUUGAGCAAUCCCUUUCAAUCGAUUUUACAAUAGUCUCAACCCAAUGCGCUAGCUGCAAACAACUAUACACUCCUCAUACCUGGAAAGCCCUGGUCCAGAUAAGGCAAAAAACUAAGGAUAAGAAACACAUACUGCUACUAGAGCAGAUUAUCCUGAAGCAUAACGCACACGAGAAUGUUUUAAAUAUAUUAUCAAGAAGGAACGGGUUUGACCUCCAUUUCUCAUCAAGAAAUGAUGCGCAAAAAUUUGCAGAUUUUGUAUCAGAUAAAAUUGUUUCACAGAUUAAAAAUAGCAAGAAACUAGUAACUCAAGAUGUCAAUAACAAUAAAUACAACUAUAAAUAUACAUUGCACGUCUCACUCGUGCCAAUCUGCACAGAUGACCUUGUGUUUCUAUCACCUAAGGUCUCCUCAAUCUAUGGCGGAAUAUCGCCAUUUCUCCUCGUCGUAAACUUGACCUCAACAAUUUCACUCAUGGACCCAUUCACACUGAGAAGACUGGAAGUCUCAAGUGAUAAAUACUGGAAACACCCGUUUGUGUCAUUGUUCAACAAGUUUAACCUGUGCGAAUUCAUUGUACUGAAUAUUGAAAAGGACUACACCAGGAAAUCAAAAAACCAACAAUACGAACUUGUCGAUGUUGAGAUCAUGCCCUCAAAUUCAUCUAAAAUUAUAUACACCAAGUCUCAUCUAGGCAAAAUACUGACAGUCGGAGGAACAUACUUGGGUUACGAUAUUAAGAGAAUAAACAUGAAUGGGUUAUCAGAACAGGAAACCAACAUCAGUAAUCGCAUUCCAUUCGAUGUAAUUCUCGUAAGAAAGGCAAAGAAAUAUUCUUCUAAGCACAAUUGGGUCCUUAAGAGAAUGUUCCGGAAGAAAAAUAAUCAGAAAGAUAAGGAUAACGAUACGGAAGACGAUAUUGACGAAGAUGAACUUUUGGACUUUAAGGAAGAAAUUGUAAAUAGAAAAGAGUUCCAAAAGGAUAUUGAUUUCUAUCGCAACCCAAGAGCGCAACCUCGCAAGGAAUUUGAUAUUACACCCUCCUCAGAUAUGUCAGAUGAGUUCGCAAUGAACAAUUUAUCAGUUCAACUGAAAGAUCUCUCAAUUCAUGAUGAUGAAUACUUUUAAAAUUUUUAAAUAUUAACCACACUCUUAAUUGUUGUGGAUU